UACUCGGGAACCUCUGGAGCUCUCUCCGUGGCGUCUGGUCGGGUGUCCUUCACGCUCGGUCUCACGGGUCCGUGCCUGACCUUGGACACAGCGUGCUCAUCGUCGCUCGUUGCCGUGCAUUUGGGAGCGUCAGCUCUCAAGCUCGCCGAGUGUCCCGAAGCAGCGGCGACGGGCGUUGGGAUGCUGACGGCGACGGUGUCGAUGGCUUUCUCGGCGGCGGGCAUGCUCUCCGCUUUUGGACGCUGCCACACAUUCGAUCGUCGCGGAGACGGGUACUGCCGUGGGGAGGGCUGCGGCGCUUUUCGGUUGUCCUCUGGAUGUUUGGAAAUGUCAGUUUUGGGCACAGCUGUGCAGCAAGACGGUCCGAGCGCGAGCCUGACGGCACCAAAUGGGUCAUCGCAAAGACGACUCAUCGAUGCUGUACAGGCAGACACGGUUUUAAAAUUUCGAGUUCUAGAGGCGCAUGGCACUGGCACAGUUCUCGGC